GCUUACAUGAGAUUCUUCUGCCAUGAGUACCUAAUAUGUGGGACAAUAGUAAAUCCAGCUCCGAGCUUCAGGAGCUGUUCACCAGCGCCAGGCCCACAACUCCUUACCUUUCGCGGACAAACACCUUUUUGUAGGCUGGGACAUAGGCGAGAAUUCUCGAAACCCGGCCAUUGAUACUCCAUACAGUGUAUGAUCCUUCCGAUGAGACGAUUAGACGGUCAAGCAAGCCAUCUUUGCAAGACACGUUGAAUUUCCCUCUUCCCAAGCUUGAUGAUUUCGUCCACCAGUCCAAGCGCGGAUUCUAUACCUAGUCGUGAGAUAUAGAGCAACCUUGGCUUGAAUUCCUCCGACUCCGUGCUGUACCGACAAUGGCUUCACUCACGCCUGAAGAUUACACGAUCGCGUGGAUCUGUGCCUUACCCCUGGAAGCGGCAGCGGCCCGCGCCAUGCUUGACAAGAUCCACAACCCGCUUCAACCGUCUAAAGACCCCAAUGCCUACGAUUUUGGUGAACUGCACGGGCAUUAUAUAGUCAUUGCCUACUUACCAAAUGGCGUGUAUGGAACAGUGUCUGCAGCGGCUGUUGUAUCUCGGAUGCGCUUGACCUUCCCUCGGCUCCAGUUUGGACUCAUGGUGGGGAUUGGCGGCGGUGUUCCGAGUAAAAACAAUGACAUUCGAUUAGGGGAUGUAGUCGUCAGCAAGCCCUAUGGGAAGCAUGGUGGGGUGAUACAGUAUGAUUAUGGAAAGGCAGUUCAGGGCGGGCAUUUCGAGCAAGCAGGAUCCCUAAAUAAACCACCACAAGCUCUCUUGACACAUAUGAGUCGAAGUCAAGCAAACUCGAUGGUUAACGACGAGGCAACUGUUUCAAAGUUAGUAUACGAAGUAUUGGAACGAACCCCGAGCAUGAGAGAAAUAUUCUCGCCCCCAGAACUGGACACAGAUCUCCUAUUUCAUUCCUCCUAUCGCCAUGCCGAUACUCAAUCUGACUGCGAAAAGUGUGAUAGAGGGAAAUUAGUCAACCGACAACCACGUCAUACAAGGGCACCAUAUAUCCACUAUGGCUUGAUUGCAUCUGGGGAUCAGGUGAUGAAGGAUUCGGAGACACGAGACCGUCUAGCUCAGCAGCAUGACAUACUCUGCUUCGAGAUGGAGGCAGCAGGCCUUAUGGAUGAGCUUCCAAGCCUCGUGAUCCGGGGGAUAUGUGAUUAUUGCGACUCCCAUAAACAGAAACAAUGGCAAGGGUAUGCAGCCUUGACCGCGGCUGCCUAUGCAAGAUCAUUACUAUCCAUUGUGCCUGUUGAGCCUAGCCCCAAAGCUGCACCACAGUCGAACUAUGUUUAUAGUAGUGAAGACCAGCGCUGCCUGCAAGAUUUACUCCUUAGCCAUCCUGAUGAUGACCUAAGACGCAUCGAAGCCACCAAGGGUGGACUACUUGACGACUCAUUUCGAUGGAUCCUGGACAAUGCCCAAUAUCAAGGAUGGUUCAAUAACCCAGGGAGCCAACUCCUUUGGAUCAAGGGAGAUGCUGGAAAGGGUAAGACCAUGCUUAUGAUUGGGAUCGUCCGAGAACUGCAACGGGAAAUACAGCAAUCAUCAGAUAUGCUGGCUUUCUUUUUGUGCCAGGGAAUGGACCAAAGGAUAAACAACGCCACUGCCGUUCUGAAGGGAUUGAUUUACAUGUUGGUGACCCAGAGACCACAUCUUCUUUCACAUUUGCGAAGGAGAUAUGACCCGGAAGGGACGAGCCCGUUUGAGAGGAAUGAGAAUGCUUUCCACGCCUUUGCUGCUGUUUUUGAGAAUAUGAUCAACGAUAUUCAGGGAGCUAAAAUAUACCUGCUUGUUGAUGCUCUGGAUGAGUGCAAAGUGGGCGUAUCAGACUUGCUUAACCUUAUCGCAAGAACAGUGUCCGCGCAAUCUACACAUCUCAAAUGGAUUGUGUCCAGCCGCAAUAUAUACAUUGUCGAACAGGUUUUGAAUCUUGAUGAUAAAGGUAAUAAGCUCAGCCUUGAACUCAAUGCUAAUCAAAUUUCAUCGGCUAUUGAGACAUAUAUCGGGCACAAAAUCUCAUACUUGGACGUACUUAAACACAAUGAAGAACUCAGGGAACGAGUCCGAGAUCACCUAUUUCAAAAAUCGGAUGGCACUUUCUUGUGGGUGGCCCUAGUGGUUGAAGAACUUCGCAAAUGCCAACUUGAAGAGGAAGUCCUUGACACUGUGAAAGCUGCUCCACCAGAUCUUCCCAGGCUGUAUGAUCAAAUGGUGGAGCAGAUAGAUCAACUCAAAGGUCGACUCCGGGAAGUCUGUCUAAAGGUUCUGUCGAUGGUUGUACUUUCCUUCCGUCCGCUGCACUUAUCAGAAAUGACACACAUAGUCAAGAUCCCCAAAAUACCAGAUAUUGAGAGGGUAGUGGCUAUGUGUGGUUCGUUCCUUACGAUCCGAGAUAAAUAUGUCUAUCUAAUCCACCAAUCGGCCAAGGACCAUCUUGACGAGAUACACGUGUCUACAGCUAUCUUGCAGGAACGCUCAGUGACUCACCACGAGAUGUACAGACAGUCUCUACAAACCCUUUCACAGAAACUGCGGCGCAACAUUUACGAGCUUAGUGAUCCGGGUAUUUCAGCUACUGAGGUAGCGGCCUUCCCACCCAGCCCUGACCCGCUGUUCGAACUGCGAUAUUGUUGCAUAUAUUGGUUGGAUCAUUUCCUUGAGAUAGAUUCUGGACCCGCUGAGAAGUCUGAUUCAAUAGACGAUCAGGAAAUAUCUAAGUUUCUCAAGGAACAUCUCCUUCAUUGGCUAGAAAGCCUUAGCCUUAUUGGUGAGGUCCGGCAUGGAAUCUUAACCCUCAGAAAGUUUGUCCAACAACGUCAGGAGCACGAUACCACGCGACCCAGCCCAAGCGCGACAAGCCCGAAGAGGAGCGGCCAAAAGGCGAUAAGCCUGAAGAGGACAAUCCAAAGAAUAUUCCGUGGGAGGAAACAAUUGAAAGACCUUGUCCCUGUUCAGCCGACUGGCCAUAGUGAACAUAAAUCUAUUCUUAAAGAAUUUGAGAGGUUUGCAACCAGUUACGGCUUCAUCAUUCAGGAGUCGCCUUUACAGACAUAUGGCGCCGCUCUUGCUUUUUGCCCUCGAACAAGUGAAAUCAAGAAGCUCUAUUGGCAAGAGCGUUUGGGUUUUCUUCACCGUGUAUCUAUAAUGCAGGAGUCCUGGGAUCCAUGCAUGCAAGUGCUAGAAGGCCAUGCAGGUUGGGUCAGCGCCGUGGCGUUCUCACCUGAUGGCCUGAUAAUUGCAUCCGGCUCACGGGAUGGCACCAUCCGGCUUUGGGAUGCAGCUACUGGUGCUGAACACCGUAACCUGCAAGGCUAUAAAGAUUGGGUUAAUACAGUUAUGUUCUCACCUAAUGGCCAGAUAAUUGCAUCAGGUUCAGGUGAUGGAACUAUCCAGCUUUGGGAUAUAGCUACAGGUACUCAGUACUGGAGCCACUCAGGUUAUAAAGGUUCAAUUAUUACAAUAGCCUUCUUACCUGAUAGCCAGACAAUUAUAUCAGGCUCACAUGAUGGAACUAUCCAGCUUUGGGACAUAGCUACAGGUGCUAGGCACCAGAGCUUGCAAGGUUAUAAAGGAUCAGUUACUGCAGUGGCCUUCGCCCCUGAUAACCAGAAAGUUGCGUCUGGCUUAGCUGAUGGAACUAUCUGGCUCUGGAAUAAAGCUACAGGAGCUAGAACAAAGCAGCUUCAUGGUCAUAAAGGUUUAAUUACUGCAAUCACCUUCUUACCUGAUAGCCGGAUAGUCGUUUCUGGCUCGAAUGAUCGAACCAUCCGGAUCUGGAAUGCAGUAACAGGCACGGAACGCCAGUGCUUGCAGGGCCAUAAAGAUUGGAUUACUGGGGUAUCUAUCUCACCUGAUAGUCAGACAGUCGCGUCUUGCUCAAGCGAUAGAACAAUCCGGCUUUGGGAUAUAGCCACAGGCGCUGAACACUGGAUCCUCCAGUCCUAUAAUAGUCCAGUCACUGCAGUGGCCUUCUCGCCUGAUGGCUGGGAACUGGUAUCUGGUUCAAGUGAUGGAGCUAUCCGGCUUUGGGACAGAACUGCACGCACUAAACACCAGAGCCUUUUAGUUCAUAGAGAUUCAGUCACCGCGGUAGCCGUUUCACCUGAUGGCCAGAUAAUUGCUUCAGGCUCAAGGGAUCGAACUAUCCGGUUCUGGGAUGCAGCCACGGGCGCUGAACAUAGCAUGCUAGGCCACCAAAGCUUGCAGGGCAAUGAAGGCCCAGUGACUGCAUUGGCCUUUUCAUCUGGUAGUCAGUUAGUUAUAUCUGGCUCAGGCGAUGGAAUUAUCCAGAUCUGGAAUAUAGCCCUGCGUGCUAAACGCCAGCGCCUGUACAGUUAUAAAGGCCUAAUUACAGCAGUAUCUAUAUCAUCUAAUAGCCAGAUAGUUGCCUCUGGCUAUAAUAAUGGAACUAUCCAGCUCUGGGAUCUAGCUACAGGUACUGAAUACUGGAGCCACUCAGGUUAUAAAGGUUCAAUUACUACAAUAGCCUUCUCACCUGAUAACCAGAUAUUCGCAUCUAGCACAAAUGAUGGAACCAUCCAGCUUUGCGACGCAGACACAGGCGUUAAACGCCGCAGCCUGCACAGCCAUGCAGCAGUACGCAAAUUAUCAUUCUCGGCUGAUGGCUGCUAUUUGCACACUGACCGUCAUGCACUUGCCCUGGACGAUCAAUCAUCCGAGCUUGUCGAGCAGCAAGGGACUCGAAUUUUCAUCCACGAGAAAUGGAUAACUCGCAAUGAGCAAUGUCUAAUUAGGCUUCUACCAGAAUAUCGUGCGACAUGUGUGGCUACCAGUGGCAAUCUUGUGGUUCUUGGUCAUUUGUCGGGACGCUUAACAUUUGUCUGGUUGACCUAAUACUAUAACCGUCAUAUACGCCGAAUUCCAGGUGCUUCCUCGGUGCCCGUCCCCAAUGUCGAGCGCAAUCUCUGCAAAGCAGGAACCCAGUGUCCUAUCAAGAAUGGAGAUCCCGUUGUCUUUGACGCUGCUAUCCCUAUAUCGCCGAUUGCGCCUGUUAGCAAGACCAAGCUCCGAGUCACCCUUGUAUCGGACAGUGGGAGUGUCAUCGGGUGUGGUGAGCUCCCGGCGGUAUUUUUGUAAUCGUUUAUUCUAUACGGAGCUGGGGGCUUCUAAGGGUUAGUCGGGCACAUUCGUACCAUUUUUGCUUGGACUAGACUAUAAGUCAGCUAUAACAACUAUGAUGUUCACUUUUCUAGUUCAGUAGGCAAGACGUUUGAG